AUGCCUCCAAUAAUCAAUAUCCUUCUCUUCAUAAUCAGCUGGUUGGUCGCGCCAUCUGCAGGGAACUGUGAAUGCGGCUACACUGCUGCUAUUGGUUCCUCCAGUUUACAGACAUCGAGUUUUCUCUUCACCGACAUCAUUGAGAGCGACUUCCUUCACAUUGCGAAUAUUUCUCUUGACACCGAUUGGAGGCGGCAGAAUUUUACCGUCACUCCUGAAGCGGGACGUGGUCCAUAUGGGAUGAACUUCACUGUCAACAACGUCUUCUCGAAUUCAAUACCUGAUCUUAACAACUGGACCGGCCCUGGCAUCCUUGGUGGCGAUGCGGGUUUACAGUUCACUGUUGAUGCUGGCGUUCCUACGGAUGGCUAUGUCAAGGUUUCAGAGCUGGACUCGUCUCGGACUGAUUUGUUAUGGGGUACAUAUCGAGCUUCAAUGAAAUUGAGCCUGACCCCUGGAACAUGCGCUGCUUUCUUCUGGUACUUCAAUGACAGCCAGGAAAUCGACAUGGAGUUUCUAUCAUCCCAAUUUGUUAUCGAGAAUAACACCUAUCCAGUCAACCUUGUACUACAGUCUGAGCAAUCCGUUCAAGCAGGCUUCGACGCAACUGGGUCCCCAAACUUCAAACUUGUCAAUCUGCCAUUCAACCCCACUUCAGGAUAUCAUGAAUACCGGUUCGACUUUGUGCCUGGGAAGGCCAUCUUCUUGGCUGAUGGCCAGGAGCUGGCUACGAUGAAUACCUUAGCAGUUCCCACACAGCCAGGACAUCUCAUCUUGACAAAUUGGAGCAAUGGAAAUAACAAAUGGUCUUUCGGUCCGCCUCCUGAAGAUUCGGUUAUAUCUGUUGCGUACGUCAAAGCUUACUUCAACUCGUCUUUGAGCGAGCGUCAGUCAGCUUGGGCCACACGAUGCAAAGGAUCUAUUUCCCCUGAUGCUAUUUGUGCUAUACCUGAUAUGGAACUUCCCCCAUAUCCAGCUGCUCCAGCUUCUUCCGGCACAAUUGAGACACCUGCCACCUUUUUCUUCAGCGAUCAAAAGAAUAUGACUGACAACCAAACCGUUUAUCAUAAGAGCAAGGGUACAACGGCUGCUUUGGGUGUUUUCCAACAGACACUUGCAAUGUUGAUCAUAAUUACUUUCGUUAUUACCAUUCUCCUUUGA